AUGGAAGUAUACAUUGAUGGAGCAUGCAAGAAUAACGGCAAGCCAUUGGCAAAUACCAGUUAUGGUAUAUUUUGGGAACCAAAUAACAUCAAAAAUAUAAAUGGUCCAGUUCCUGAAUCUUACAAGCAAACAAACAAUAUGGGGGAAUUGUAUACUGCCGUAAAAUGCCUUCAACAAAUACACGAAAAUCAAUUAUCAAACAUUAUCAUUAAAACCGACAGUGAAUAUUUAGUUAGAGGUAUAACAAAUGACAUUGUUUAUUGGAAAAGUAACAACUGGAAACUUAAAUCUUCCGGAAAUGAUGUGAAAAACAAAGAACUCUGGUCAGAGAUAGAUCAUGUGUUAUCAAAUAUAAAAGUAACGUGGGCGCACGUUGCUCGUGAUUCUGAAAUCGGUCAGAUUGAAGCCGAUAAACUCGCAAAACUUGCUUUAAAUAUAAAAACAUCUGGAAACACCGUUCAAGCAAAUAAUCAUAGUAUCGUGAAUGUGUGUAACAAAAUUGAAUGGACCGACGAUGAAGAGGAAACUAUACCGAUGAAGGUUACAACCCCGCGUCGAAGCAUCUCCACCAAUAAAUUUCGCAAAAAUAAUAAUAAGGCAAACUCUCCGACUUUCUGUACCAUGUCAACACUCAGGAGAAUUGAAAGUCUUUUAUUGUCAACUUCUGAGGAAGUUUUAAAUUUUAAAACUCGUCAAACAAUCAAUUUCAAGAGAUGA